AUGGGCUUCACUGGUGCGGCUCAGCUGCAAAGCAGCCACGGGCCAGGGGCUCGGCGCAAGAGCCGGGCAGGGGGCAGCGGGAAAGCCAAGCACGGAGACGCACCCAGCCCAGCACACUCACACCCCCUGAGAGCGCCCUGUCGGAAGUCCCCCGCGGGCGCUCUGGGCUGGCUGCCCCGGACCCCGCUGCCCCGAGAGGAGCGGAGAGCCCCGGGGAGGCAGACGAGCCUGCCGCCCGCCAGCCCCGAGAGCUGUGAAGAUCGCAGGGCCCCAGCCCGCUGCGCCAGGAGCGCUCCGCCGGGACCCCGCGCCAGCGCGCACGGCCCCUCGCAGCCACCGGCUCCGCCGCCGCCGCGCUCACUCCGGCUCCGCCUCGCCCCCUCCCCGGAAAGGGCGCAGCGACACGCCCCCUCCCUGCCCACUCCCGCGCCAGCAGCGCCUCCCCGCGCCAGGGCGCAGCCGCUGCUCACACACUCCCCCGGCUUCUCCCUGUCCCUGCGGCCCCGGCUCGCCGCGCACCGGCUGGGCAGCCCUAGCCCUGUCCCCGCCGGCGCUGGCGAGCUGCCCAGCGCGCCCCUGCCCGUGGCUCGCAGACACGUCUCUGGAUUAGCGGAGCUGGGGGCGCCCGGCGCCGCUCUGCGCCCGCCCGCUGCGGCUGGAGCUGCCUUUCCCGGCUGCGCCGCGCCAUCGCUCUUCUCGCUGCGGAGCAGGCGGCGGCUCGGGCUGGCACCAGGCUGCAAAGCCGGCUUCAUGCUGCAGCGAGCGCCGCGGCUCCCGGGGGUCGGGCGGCAGCCGCCGGAGCUCGCCGCGGGGAGGAUGGAGCCAGCAGCAGCCGGGGAGGAAACGCGCAAGGACCCACCGGCGGGAGAAGCCCGAGGACGGAGCCCGGCCGCGCAGCUCGGCUGUAGCUCCCCGAGCGCAGGAAGAGCGCCCGCCUCCCGGGGCCAUGGGCAGCGCGUCCCCGGCCCGCGGCGCUCCAGCCGGCGCCUGAGCCGGGCUGGCCAGAGGCGGAGCGCGGGGCUCAGCGCUGGAUUAUCCGGCGCCCAGCGCACGGGCGGCGUUAGGUACACGCUGCAAGGUCAGCGGGGCGCGGCUGCGGGGUCCGCGGUGGGGGCGGUGGAGGGGCGCUGGCGCGGGCUGACCGGGCUGCGCCCCUGCCUGGUGUGCGCGGGGGGCCGCGCGGCUCGCUCCCUCCCUCCCUCCUCCCCCCGCCCGGCGCCGUGCGCGCCCGUGCAGCCGCCCUGCCUGCGCCCGCUCCCCGGGAGCCGAGCCGCCGCUUUGCACCGGGCGAGCCGCGCGGGCGCCCCCCAGCCGGACCGCGGGCGCCCCCCAGCCGGACCGCGGGCGCCGGCCGCCGCCUGCCUGCCGGAGGAUGCGUAUGCGGAGCGAUGGCACCGGGCGGAGCAGGGACCGGCCAGCCCGCCGCCAGCCUGUGAAGCCAGCCCGGAGCCGCCGCAGCUGCACCUGCCGGGGGAAGUGCUCCGGCCCCGUCUUUCCCGGCUAGCGGCGCCAGGCGAUGGCAGGUGCAGCCCGCGCUCCGACGCCCGCAGCCGGCGGUGCACAGCGCCGGGGCGCCGGAAGGGACCGGCCGAGCCCCGCGGGGGGGACAGGCCCGUGCGCUCCGUGCCUGCCCCAAGCUGUGGCCAGGUUACCCCGGCUGGGAACCCUGCGGCAGGAGGGGGCUUUGGGGAUUGCGUGUGGCCGGGGCUCUGGGUCCCCGAGCCCGGCGCCUCCUGCCUGCGGCUCCCCUCGGGGCCCGUGGCCGGGGCUUGGCAGAGACGCUGA